AUGUCUGCCUAUGGAGAUGAGAUGCUACAAAUCCGCCAGGCUACUGCGGCUGCAAACAUCUACGUCUGUGCAUCCCUAUAUCUUGCCCAAGUCUUCAUCGGCCCUAACGGGAACAUUCUCUUUCAUCGCCGCAAAACAAAGCCUACUCAUGUCGAGAGGACAAUAUUUGGCGAUUCCACAGGAGACUCACUUACAAUAGUGGCCGACACACCUCUGGGUAAAAUUGGCAUGCUGAACUGCUGGGAGCAUUUUCAACCGCUGCUCAAAUAUCAUACCUAUUGCCAAGGCGAACAAGUUCAUAUCGCUGCUUGGCCAUUCAAUGAAUCUUACACAGAUAAGGCCUUGGAACCCUUUUCCGUAUUUUCCGAGGCCAACGAGGUCACGGCUAGCCGAAUGUAUGCCAUGGAAGGAGCUGUCUUUGUACUUGUCACCAAUCAACCAUUAUCGGCCGAGGGGCCCAGGUUGAACAGCGAGGGCCAAGGAAACUCUGACAAAGACGGGUUUAUGCUUGCUGGAGGCGGUGGUCGUGCAGCUGGUUUUGGACCUGACGGUAAGCUGCUCACUGAGCCUACGGACCCCAAGUUUGAUGGCUUGAUUUACUGCGACAUUGAUCUGGACCAGAUUGAUUAUGCUAAAACCUUGAUUAAUUGCGUCGGGCAUUAUUCGCGACCCGACUUGCUACGUCUGGUAGUAGACGAUCAGCCCAAGAACUACGUGCGGUGA